AUGAGCGUGGCUGUUUUUAAUUGGGUGGUGGUCUUUCCUCCUGCAGAGUUGCCAACGCACCAGGUCAUUGAGUGGAGGGACCCAGACCCCAAUCGAAUGCAGAUGCCACAGGGGAACCCGCUGCUGCUGUCCUACACUCUGCAGGAGCUGCUAGCCAGGGACUCUGUGCAGGUGGAGCUCAUCCCAGAGAAGAAGGGCCUCUUCCUGAAGCAUGUGGAAUAUGAGGUUUCCAGCCAGCGCUUCAAGUCCUCUGUGUAUAGACGGUACAAUGACUUUGUGGUCUUCCACGAAAUGCUGCUUCACAAGUUCCCGUAUCGCAUGGUGCCAGCCCUUCCACCCAAGAGAGUGCUGGGAGCUGACAGGGAAUUCAUUGAGGCCAGGAGGAGAGCUCUGAAACGCUUCAUUAACCUGGUGGCCCGGCACCCCCCGUUCUCCGAGGAUGUCAUCCUUAAGCUGUUCCUUUCGUUCAGUGGCUCAGAUGUGCAGAACAAGCUAAAGGAAUCAGCUCAGUGUGUUGGAGAUGAAUUCAUGAAUUGUAAACUGGCUACCAGGGCCAAGGACUUUCUCCCAGCUGACAUCCAGACUCAGUUUGCCAUGAGCCGGGAACUGAUUAGAAAUAUCUACAAUAGCUUUUACAAGCUUCGUGACAGAGCUGAGCGGAUCGCGUCGAGGGCCAUAGACAAUGCUGCUGACCUUCUCAUAUUUGGGAAGGAGCUAAGUGCUUUAGGGUCUGACACGACUCCACUGCCCUCUUGGGCCACACUCCACAGUAGCACAUGGAGUUCUCUCAAGCAGGCUUUGAAAGGCCUAUCUGUGGAAUUCGCACUGCUUGCCGACAAGGCUGCACGACAAGGUAAACAGGAAGAGAAUGAUGUGGUGGAGAAACUGAACCUUUUCUUGGAUUUGCUCCAGUCCUAUAAAGACCUGUGCGAGCGGCAUGAGAAGGGCGUGCUACAUAAGCACCAGCGGGCCCUGCACAAGUACAGCCUGAUGAGGAGGCAGAUGAGUGCUGCCGUGCAGAGCCGGGAGCCCGAGUCUGUGGAGCAGCUAGAGUCUCGCAUCGUGGAGCAAGAGAAUGCAAUCCAGACGAUGGAGCUUCGGAACUACUUUUCCCUGUACUGCCUACACCAGGAGACACAGCUCAUCCAUGUCUACUUGCCCCUCACCUCCCACAUCCUUGGGGCCUUCGUUAACUCCCAGAUCCAAGGACACAAGGAGAUGAGCAAGGUGUGGAAUGACCUGAAGCCCAAGUUAAGCUGCCUCUUUGCCGGACCACACAGUGUGCUCACUCCACCGCAGUCCCCACAGGAGGACGGCGUGUGUCCUCACUAGUGCCUGAGGCCUGAGGUGGGAGCUCUCUCCAGCCUCACUAAAACGGACUCUCCACAUGCCAUGUCCCUGGUCGAUUCCCUUCCAAUGGCAGAUGCCCCAGCCCAUGGUGCUUCUGGCUGGGGCUAAAACCAAGGAGCUCGCUCUUGUCUGGGCUCAGCUGGUGGUCAUGGCUUCUCCUUCCCCUUGCUGCUCUGAGGUGUCUGAGUAGGGGGGCAUCUUAAAGCAAGGGGUCUGCUGUCCUGUUUGUUCUCCAGCUGGUCCUCUCUUUCCACCCUCUCCCCCCACCUACCCUCUCACCUUCUUCCUGCUCGGUUCCUUUCUGUGGCCUGUUGGCCUGGUGGUGAGAGGUCAGGAUCCUCUGAAAGGGUUUUCCUCUGAUGUCCAGAGUGGGAGAGGCAAGGAUCAUUUCCACUGAGCAGAUAACACCUGGGGAAGUGAGGGAAGAGAGGGACUCAUGGGCUGAGUGUGAAGAGCAGGGAAGAGGGAGGGCAGGACCAUUCCUGCACCCAGGCCUGGUGCCAUGGCUCGAGGGGAUGGUUUCUGACAGCAAGAGCUUGGAUCAUUAACCAGUGCUGGUGGACACUCCUGGGCAGGGAGUGUCACUGUCUGGGUGUGUGUGCAGUGGCAGGAUGGAGGGGGCAGGUAAGAGUGCUGCUAAAGCAGAGGGUUGCUGGGUGUGUAGACAGUGUUAGUUUUCCAGGGACAUGCUCCAGUGCACUCAGAACCCUGGUCUGCGGCUGACCUCUGCGGUCGUGUUCCCACGCCCCUCCUCCCAGACACACACACACAUGACCCCAUGUAUGCCUGUGGCCUGAGGUGUGGAAGACAAAGGUGGGAUCAGGGUAUCUGGAGGUGAUGUGAAUGGAGGUAUUUCCUGUCCGAGGGCUGGAAACUGCUGUUCUUUUCCUUGCGUGGACUCCUUGCUUUUUUUUUUGGUUUUGGGUGGUCAGUGUUGGAGUCCACACCAUGUGGCCCUGAGGCUGAAAGAGCCACGCAAAGAUGAGGUAUGGGCAGUGGACAAGUAUGGGAGUAUGGGGCAUGUGUUCCUUCACAGCAGGGGCUUUAUCAGAAGGAAUCUGUUGCUGUUACCUUCUUAUAAAUAUAUCCUCUUUUGGGUGACUAGAGCCCCUUCCCCAGUCUCCCUCCCUGCACUUGUGGCCAGCUGGCAGCUGCCUUUUGGACCAUGUCCCUCCUUGGGAUGAAGACAGAGGUGUCUUCCAGUUCUGUGGAGUUAGAAUGUCCACUUAAGGUCUGGGUAUACUUCUCUGAGUCCCUCCCAUGCUCAAGAAGAGCUUUUCCCAGGGCUGAGAACCAGACUGUCCUCCUUGGCCUUCCUGGGAACCUGUUGUCCUACCUGACCUGGGAGAUGCUGGAAGAGGUUCUAACGGGAAAUUCCUCCUUUUAAGGGAAACCUAUCUACUCCCUGGGGGUCUUUUCUGAAGCUGAUAGAGGAUUCUAACUUCCCAUUGUGUGCCUAACAGCAACAUGUAGGUCCCAGGAUAGAGAGGGGGACACCAGGCCGCCUUGUGUGCCUGUCAGGUGGGUCUUCCUCGAGAAGCUGAUCCACAUAGACAGCAGAGGAGAGUCAGGGUUUUGGGGUCUGGCAGAUAGCUGCGUCAGGCCCCUUGUGUGUUGGUUGCAUGGUUCUGCUUACGCCUUCCUGAAUCUGGGCUUCCUGGCCAGGUAAGAGGGCAGUUUCCUUCAGAACCUGGCAGGAGGCUGGAUGAUGUGGAGGGGUGCUGGCCCAUGUUUCUCAGCCAGUGGCCACUUUUGCCUUGUGGUCUUCCUCGGUAGAAAAGAGGGAAGUCAUAACUGCUGUGUGUGGGCCGCUCCCUCUCAACACCAUGACAUACCUGAGCCAUAAAGCAUGAGCCCCAUUAGGACAGGCUACCAGGUUUCUCCUGCCCAUCCGCACUGGCCCUCCUGAGGCUCAGAAACCCCUUGGACUGCAGCAUAGUGCUGCUUGCCUGUUUGGCCCUGAGACAGGAGGUGGUGGGAGAACUGUGGUGGGCAGCGAGGGUGUGGCCUGUGGGCUCUUCAGACAGGCCAAGGAGAAUCCUACCACCAAAGACUCAAACUUUCUGGAAAGAACUUUAUGGGUAGGGACUUUCAGGUGGGUUAGUGUAAGUUAUGAGAUGACAGCCCCAGUGGCUUCUCCCUGGGGUGGGGACUGUUCGGUAGCCAGGGUUUCAAGAUCUUUGGGCUGUUUCUAAUGCUGAGGGCAGGAUGAGAGAAGUAUCCUCUGGCUUCAGGAAGAAGAGGGUUCAGGUUUGUUGAGAAGGAAGCAUCCUUCCUUUAUAAUCCAUCUUCUCCCAUCACAGGUGCUAAUAAAACUCUUUGCUGGGGAGGGGAAGGGCAGAAAAGGGAGCUGGGGACAGCAACAGCCCCUUUUUCUUUUUACAUGGUCACUUCUGGACCUGGCUGUGGUGUAGAUUUCUAGGCUCUCGCUGGUGUUUUCUGCAGGAGUGAUGAGGCAGCUCCCAGCUCCAGGCUAGAGACCUUGGCAUCCUUCUGCCCAAACCUGUGCCACAGCCUUGCCUGGCCUGGUGGGGGAGGACAGCCCCCCAGCCUAGUCCUACGAGAUGCUCUUCAGAGCCCUGUGCUCUGACUGAGGGAGGCCUCAGUGGGAGGUCAGCUGUAGCCUGAGCUCAGUUCAGCAUGGUCUGGAGGAGGGUGACUUUGUAGAUCAGGGGGAAGGUGUAUAUUUUCUUUGGCCCUCCUUGCCAUACUCAGCUUACUCCAUGGUAACACUGGUGCCCCUCAGGAGUGGGACCAAGAUGUAUAGGAAGGAAGACCAUUUAGGGAGUAUGGUAUAGGAUGGCUGGGGCUCUGUGCUGUCUCAAGUCAGGAUGGUUCUCUGUAUUUGGGGCCUUUUCUCUUGCUUUGCGUGUCAGUUUAUAUAUGAAGCACUUUAUUAGGCUGGGAAUCAAUUACUACUACUACAUCCAAUAAACUGGAAUUGUUUACAAAUGA